AUGCGACGAUCAGCGUCCUCAGUAAUAUCACGACCCGCUUCUGAACCAGAUGUUUCUGAGCAUUUCCGGCGAUCGCUUAGUGGUAAAUGGCCAAAACGGCAAACAAAUUAUGUUCAUUAUACACCACUGCUUCAAACUGAUGCUGACAAAAAAAUUUCCGAACCGUUAUUACAUUGUAAAACCAGUCAAGCAACCGGUUUGCGAAACAUUCCUUUAUGUAGCGCAAGCUCUCCACAACAGAUUGUUGUCAAUAAUUCCGGAAUUGAAAUAGAGGAUCAUUUCCGGAAAGCACUUGGAGCAGAAGCUUAUGAGCUUCUUCGUAGAAAUCGCUAA